UUGGAGAAAGCCAUGGGAGAUGAAGGGAGUGGGCAAUCUGAUUCCAGCAGUGAGUGGGCCAGAAGAGAAGAAUGCAGCCACCUCAGAUAGGAUUUUCCAAGGGCAGAGGAGGUAUGUGGGGGUAGGGGUUCAUGUGGCCAUUCUGACCUCCGCUCCUGACCCUAGAACCAUGGAAACCAAAGAGAUACCUGCUGUGGCCUGCUGCCCCUCUGACUCUGAAUGCACCCCGGGGCAUGAGACUGGAGCCCCGUGGGGGAUUGAUCUUGGCCCCAGAAGAGCCAUAGGUUGCUGUGACCGCUGCCACAACCAUGGCAUCACUACCCAAAUCAGGGGCCACAAGCAUUUCUGCCUCUUCCAGGCUUGCAAGUGUCACAAUUGUGCCCUCUUCCCGGAACACCGCAGGGUCUUGCCGGCUGUGAGUGCCUUGAAGAGGGAACAGCAGGCACAGCUAGAGAGGCACCUGGCUCAAGGACGAUUGAGGAGUAUGGCUGCCCUGCCCAAAGCUCACAUCCAUGUCAAGAAUUUGCCCGUGGAAGCCGGAGUUCUCACUGGCAAGGAGAACAAUGUGUUGCAGCCCGAGGUCCACAUCCACACAAACCCCAAGGAGGAGAGCUCCCAAGGGGCUCUGCUGCUCGACAAGCCCCCAGAACCGUUGUCUCUGCCCUGUGCUCCUGCGACUUUGGAGCAGGAACUGACGGUUUCUCUUUCCAGGGAGCCCCAUGGGCCCCCUGCCCUGCCCAGCACAUGCUCAGCUCUGAUCCUCCAGCCCUGUGCCACCCUUGACUCUCUUCUACUGCAGCCACAGGUCCCCAAAGCCUCAGACCAGUCUGGGGUUUCUGCCUCUUCAGAGUGGCAGCGGAAGCUGGAGGCUGCUGAGGCUCUGCUGACUCUGAGGGACUCUUCUCAGGCCCCUUGUGACACCAUCUCCCUGCAUCAGUCCUGUGGUCCACCAGCUCCUGCUGGAGAUAAAGAACUCCAGCCUUCCAGCCCCUCUCUGCGCCCCAGGCCAGCCAGCUCCGUCUCGCUGCCUAUUGGACAUCUGGGGUGCAUCUCCCUCUUGAGCUAGGAGCCCAGAGGAGGAGGCCUCAAUAGAGCACUGCCUAUUUGGUAUCCUGUUUCUGAAUGUGCACAUGGUUAAUGUCCAAAAUGCUUAACACCUUUUUUUAAGCCUUCAGGUGUGGAUAUUCUUGUACCUCUAUCCCUUCCUCCUUUGGAUGCUGGAGCCUUUUUAUGUCUCCUGUAAUAGCAGGAUUGUGCAAUCUAAGUUGAACCAUCUCUAAGGGGGGUUCUGUGUGAGUUCAUAUGCCAGAGUUUUUAUUUGUCUUGUGAUUGUAGACAUACCCGUGCACCCAUGUUCAUAUCCAUGUAUGUGGAAACAUAAGAAUGUUUUCACUUUGUCUCUAGGUUUGUGUGUGUGAACAAAAAAUAAAUCCUUCUUGUUGUAAGGCA